CGCAGAAAGUUGCGCAAUAGGCGUUUCUUCAAUAAUAAACGAUGGAGGCGAAUGUUUUGGAGUCUCGGGACUAAAAAAAGCUCCGGUUUCUCGGCGUUAAACACAGCUGCUGCAUCACCCACUGCUGUAUCGUGUGCAGUAACAGACCCGAGACGAAUUAUUAUUAAUUUGACUGAACAAGAAAAGCUCCGUAAGGCUGAUAUCGUUGCUGUGGCGGCCUAGCUCACAUUAGCUAGCGCCGUGUAGUUGGGGCAGUCCUUUCAUUUUCUCAGCUCACUCCGAGGCCCCUUUUUUAACCUGCUGGGGUUUUUAUAACGACACUACAGCUCCUCCGAUUAUUAAUUUAGUCUCUGUGUGGCUAUAUUGAUUGAAACAUUACCCUACCUUUUAAUUAAAGUCGUGGAAAAAGCGUGACUUGCGGCUUCUUGAGAGCAAAUCAAGGGCAAGUGAAGUGGUUCUCCAUGUCCACGAGUUGCUGCAGAUUAAUAAUCUUUAAUCACACCCGCAAACAUGUCUCUAGUCGCCUACGGCAGCAGUGAUGAUAGUGACUCGGAGGAAACCAGAGUCAGCGCAGGAGGACUCUUCUCUCGGCUGCCUGCUCCUAAAAAGCCUGGGUCGACAGGAGGGAGCUAUGGACCAAGCAAGGAGACAAAAGUGAAGCCUUCAGCAGGGGACAGCACGUCAAACGAUGACUUAUACCCGCAGCCAUCGAGAGGAGGCUUAUUUUCUAGUCUGCCGAAGCCGAGGAAGCGGACAGAGCCCGUCAAGAUCACAGUGCCACAGAUCCAGAGACGGGAUUCAGACUCUGAUGAUGAUGAACCAGCAAAGAAAAAGCUACAACCUCAGGGUGCAGGUUCAGGCCUGUCCUCCCUUCUACCACAACCCAAAAAUCUGACAGUGAAGGAGAUGGAUAGACCCCUGAUUCCUCACACACUCACCAAGCGCCAAGAACCCAAAGGACCCAAACCUGGGACGCCAGCUCAGGGUCUGCUUGGUUCUAGCGCGUCCCCCUCUGCCAUCAAAGCUGCAGCAAAGUCCGCCGCCCUGCAGCUGGCUAGACAAAUAGCCACUGACGACCAGGAUAACGAGGAGGACAUAACCCCACAGAACUACUUUUCUCUGGGCGAGAGCCCGCAGCCUCUCCCCGCAGUCGUCCCAAGCUUAGACCCCGAACCUGUAGCCCCCGCACCCGUAGCCCCCGCACCCGUAGCCCCCGCAGAUCCUAUUCCUUUUUCACCUGCGGAUGAGCCCGGUCAGUCAGACGCACCACUCGACUUUGGGGGGAACAAUGAAGGAGCUGGUGCGUGGGGAGGUCAAUAUCCUCAGUAUCAACAGCCCAUGGCAGGCCCAGAAGCUCUCCCUCCGGGUUAUUAUAAUGAGCCAUACUACCAAGAUCCUAACCCUGGACUGGCAGAGGCUGAAGAGCCUGGACAGUCUGCCAUGUUUGAUGAUGAAGCGUUCAUGCGGCUGCAAGGGAAACGGAACAGGGGCAAAGAGGAGGUGAAGUUUCUGGAAAUCAAAGGGGACGACCAGCUGAGUGGCAAUCAGCAGUGGAUGACCAAGAGCGUGACGGAGGAGAAGCAGAACCGUCAGUCCUUCAGCAAGAAAAAAGGAGAGCAGCCUACAGGACAACAGCGACGCAAGCAUCAGAUAACAUAUCUCAUUCACCAGGCAAAGGAACGGGAGUUGGAGCUGAAGAACAACUGGGCAGAUAACAAGCUAACCCGCAGGCAAACCCAGGCCAAAUAUGGCUUCUAAAUGUCAUAAUGUGGACUCUUGGAGGCAUGUGGAAAUCCUGCAUCAGAAAGUAGAGUAGAGCUUUCCAGAUUUCCCUACACAAAGGGAAAACCUGUGUUUGGGAAGAAACUAUACACACCUUUUAAUACAGAUUUUCUUUCCCCCCCUCCAGCCCUCCCUCCUCCUGUAUUUGUGUUGAAUUGUUAAUACUAAGUAGUUCUUUUGGUCAACUGUUUUAUAAGGUGUCACUCCUGUACCGAAGAUCCAGUUACAGUAAAUAUAGGCGCUAUACCUACAUAACGAUGUAACAGUGUUUUGUUCAUACUGCGAACAUUAAUGUGUCACUCCUUUUUCUUUGUGAAAGAUGACUCUACUGAACGGGUUUGGUUCUCUGGCAAUCGUACAAAUGUUAAGUAAAAUGUUGCUGUUGAUGAUGAGAAACGAACUGGAGUCAUUUGAAAAGCUGUGAUAGAUACAUACAUAUUUAUACAUUGAAUCCACAACUUUGUAAUAAUAAAGAUGAUGUUGGAAUACAUAUGCUGCAGUUGCUCAUAACAACUGAUUAAAUUAAGGGUGUAAAAGGUACCAUGUCUAUGUUGCUGUUAUUUUAACCCCUAUUUUCCUUCUUUUUUUCAUGUUCUUGCUCUCUUAAAAACUCUAUUAAGUUUUGAAAAGGUCUGCUCUAAAUGAAUUGCCAGAGAACCAAACAUUAGUUUUAGUUUCAGCUGGUUCUUGAGCUGCCAUCAGGCCAGAGAACCAGAUUUGAACCUUAAACAGGAACUUUACCUCUGUUUUACUUGGCUCCAUCCAGCAUGCAUCUUCACACAUUCAGUUCUCUCUUAUAUCCCAAUGUGGGUCUUUUUACUAGAAUGAAUGAAUGCGUUUGGCAGUAAGGCAACACAUUUAGCGCCUUGAAGAUGCUAAAUGGUGAAUUCAUUCAUGUCAAGUUUUAUUUUAGGUGACUGAGAGGAGGUUGUAACUUCCUCUGUCUGCUGCUCCAGUUUUAGGAAAAUCCGGCCGUUAAAAGUGAAUCAGAAAAUAUCUGUAUGUGGCCUGUCCACUGUCAGUGAGCCACAAUGUUUAAAAUAUGGUGAAGACUUUUAUUAAGGGAAACUGCUAUGAACUGUUAGUCAUAAAACAAAAUACUGCCAAUCUCUCCAACUCUGGAGAAUAUUGCAGAUUUAUGUUUUCUUUUAUAGUUACUGUAAAUAUUGAUCUUGCAUCAGUCUUUCCAAUCCUGCAAAGUAGCCUUUUAAAUGGCUUUUCAUUGAAGCACUGACAUUUAUUUAUGCUGUAAUGGGUUCCUCUUCCUGUAACAAAGCAAUGGGUAGUCCACCCCUUUCCGAUAUUCUUUAGUUUUCUAAGCAGGAAAUGGAGCAUAAAUGUGAGCCAAGUUGCUUCUACAAGGACUUCAUUACACAUGGGAUUUUGCAGAGAGCUUCAUUUGUAAACGUUGGCUAGGUGUGGCGGCCGCGACUCUUUAGUCGUCCCCCAUUACUGUACCAAAACAUGCACAACCCGAUCUGCCUCAAAGUCUGUUUGGCAGAAAGACACCAGCAGUCCAGGGAUAUCUAUUGCUUCCAUAUUUCAUAGUUUCAUCUGGUACAUACCGCCUGCAGAGCGUGUCACAGCACAUUUACACACCUGGCAGUGGACAUGCAGCCCAAAGCAAGUAGCUGACCGUCUGAAUACAUGUCCUCACACAUAGAGACAAAGUAAUAUAAAUUAUAGAGCUUAAACUCUACACUGUUUGACCUGAAUCUGUCUCCUGGGACACAAACAAGCAGGUUUCAUCUUAAGACAAAGCUUACCAAACUUAGCAUUGACAUUCCAGAUUCAGUCCCAAUGUUUGAUAGCAUUGCUGGGAAAAAUUUUGUUUACCCCAAUUUUUUUGUUAUGUAGUUUAGAAUUAAUGAAUAAAUAUUUUCCUUUC